CUAUGCGUCUCGAAUUGUCGCUGUUGCACGUGGAUCGAAGAGAUUUGUUGGCGACAAAAUUGCACGUGCAGUCGCUAGUUCUCAAUAAUUACACCAAGGGUACGUACUAGAUUAAUGCAUAUCGGGUGCUGGUCACGUUUAGUUUGCCUAUUUUAUUAAAGUGGAUACUUAAACUGGUGCAUAUUUAGGGAAUUGACGCUGUCGCUGCUGUCCGAACAGGUUUAGUACUCUCAGUAGUAAAUCACUUGUUAGAAAUAAUGAUACUACUUGCCCUUCGACGCUGUGUGACACAUCUGCGGCAAGGACUGUCAGACUAUGAAGAGACAAGCAGGAAAUAGGCGCGAGUCCGCUGUCAUUCACACCUCAGCCGACCAACUGGACAACAACUACGUACGUGACUAGCCGCAUGCCCUGCGGCUUGCGGGAAAAGUGAACAUUAUGUUUUCCUCCAUCAAUCGAAGUCUGCUGCCCAUUAAAGCACACUACUUCCUGUACGUUGCAGCUCAAGCCUGCGUUCUUCCGUACCUGGCUGCGGUGGGUCGAAGCAAUGGAAUACCCGAGUCGAACAUCGCCUACAUAUUCGCCCUCAUUCCCAUCGGCGCCAUCUUCGUGAAGGCCAUCGGCGGCUACGUCGCAGACAAAACGCAGAAUGUCACCGCCAUACUUCUCGUUCUCAUCUUGUCCCUGCUGGUGUCUAACGGCAUGGUGUUCUUCAGCAAAAGUGUGCGGGACCCCCCGCUUCCUCCGCUGGCGCGUCUCAACUGCCCGCUGACAAACUUGACUUUUGACAACCCGUUCGUUAACUGCACAGAACUCGCGCCUCCUUGCAACCUCGACUCUUGUUCUCAAAACGCAUCGACGGAGACGGACGUUGUCUUUAACGGCAACGUCUCAGUGGCGAGCGCGGACAGAAUGUGCUCGCUGUUGCAGCCGAACGACACGACUGUACUUGGUGCCUUCCCCGUCGAGGUGUGCCGGUUGAGCUGCUUGUGUUACGAGGCGGAAGACAACGAGGUCAACUACGGCGUCUACGUCGUGUUCGUCGCGAUCUCAUUCAUGACCGGUGCCGGCGUGUUCGUGCUCACGGACGCUGCCGUCUGCGAAAAGCUCGGGGACAAGGCGAACACCUUCGGCAAGCAGAGGAUAUGGGGAACCAUAAGCUGGGGCAUCCUGAGCCCCAUAGCGGGAAUCGCUAUAGACGCGGCAAAUACAGCCACGAACGGCCGCGCCGGGUACACACCGGGCUUCUACAUUUUCGCCGUACUUCUCGUGAUGGACAUGGUUGUGCUGCACCACACGCCGCGCCUCAGAAUGGGCGCCCAGUCGUCGAGUUUCUUCAAGGACAUCAGGACCGUCUUCGGUGGUUGUGAGGUUAUGGUCUUCACCGUGUGGACGUGCUUCACCGGCGUGUUCUUCGGCGUGCAAGCCUCCUACAAUGCCUGGUUCCUGGAGGACAUCGGCGCGCCCAAGCUGGUCAUUGGUCUCGGCUUCGCCAUCAUGACACUGCUGGCCGAACUACCUCUCCUGUUCGUGGCUGACAAAAUCAUGAUUAGAAUCGGCUACUUCUCCUCGUACUGCUUGUCUUUCGCCUCGUCCGCGAUAAAGCUGAUCGCUUACUCCUUCCUGAACAACCCCUGGUACGCGCUCAUCAUCGACGUCAUCGGCGGUGCGGCAUUUCCGCUAGCGUUUGCUUCCAUGACGGUCUUCGCCAGGGAAAACGCUCUCCAGGGCACGUCCGCUUCUGUGCUGUGCGCUCUCAACGCCUGCUUCGAAGGAGUCGGUGUCGUCGCCGGUAACUUCAUCGGUGGAAUGAGUUUCGAAAAAGUCGGAGGCAAGUUGACCUACCAGUACCUCGGCAUUGCAGCGACCGUCUGCAUGGUCGGCUGCGGUCUGUCAGGAUUCAUCGUGCGGAAGCUGCAUCCAAAGGACUCGCUCUGGAAAGCUACCGCUAAGGAGCCAACCGGUGCCUAUACUUAAUGUAGUCCUAAAGCGACAAACAUAUCUAUAGACAUAUCUACAACGCGGCGUCGCCCGGCGUCCACCUACAUAGCGUCGAGCGAUGGCGCGCUGUUAUGCCGCAUGACCAUUCUCCACAGACACCUCACGAGAAUUUUUUUCAAGAUGAUUGCGACACAAAUUAACAAGAUAAGAAGUAACAAGACUAUAUAUAUACGUAUGCGUUCGUUUGGUUGUCUCGCUCACUUGCCCUGUUGUCAUCCAGAAAAAAGAAAUGCAAUAUCAAUUGUCACAGCCCAAUGCCCUUCUUCACCUUCGCCUGUGGUAACAGCAUAGUUAUCGCGCGAUGUGAAAUCGACGCCUUGAUGACGCGGCGCCGAAAAUACGUCGAAAAUGCGCUUCAUGCGGUAGCGCUUUCACAUCACCGAGAGCAGUGCAUAUGGGACCAAAGCACACGUGGCAUGUUCAAUUGCCUCCGAAGUUCUGCCGCCUGUUCAUGCCGAAAG